GCGGCAACACUGUAUAGAACAGCAACAAAUUUUAUAACCAUAAAAACAAUUUUGUGUUGAUAUCAUAGAGUUGAUAUCUUGUAAUUAGUAUUCAUAUUAAAUAAAUUGAAAUUUUUACCGUGUUGGACAAAAUCAAUAUGAUAGCUGAUGAUAGUAUUUUUUUCUAAAAAUAGGUAUCGCAACUGUGAUUAUGAACUAAUUAAGUACCUAUAAGGUGGUAUUCAGUGUCAACAUUAUCUUAAUUUAUUAACGGAACCAUUCGAUCCUGUGUGUAGAAGUGCAUGUUGCUGUUAUUACUGGAACUUUUUUCACAAAAUUUUGUUAUUUAUAGAUUAUAACUUUUAUAAUCAAUCAAAUUAGAAUCAUGAAAAUUGUUGAAAAAGAGAUUAAUGCACCUUGGGGCUCUAUUGCUCUUAAGUUAUGGGGUGAUGAAAAUGAUCCUCCUGUUCUCACUGUCCAUGGUAUACUAGAUAAUGCUGGGGGUUUCGACAGAAUCAUUCCUCUUUUGCCUCAAUGUUAUUACUACAUCUGUGUUGACCUUCCCGGUCACGGCAAGUCUAGUCAUUUUCCUCCACAUUUACCAAUACAUUCCAUCAAUAAUUUGAUAGUUUAUACGUUAGUUAUGGACUAUUUUAACAAGAACAAAUACAUUAUUAUGGGACAUAGUUAUGGAGGCCAAUUAGGUUAUUUAUUUGCUCAGUUGCAUCCGCAUCGUGUAGAGAAACUGAUAAUGUUUGAUGCAGUUAAAUUAUUACCUGUGCCAGUAAAUAAUUUUCAAGAUUAUUUGGUAUCAAAAUUUAAAGCCUAUUUUGAGAUUGAACAAAAAUUAAAAUCUGGAUCUCCUCCAUCGUACACAUAUGAGGAAGCAAUGCAGAGGGUUAUACAAGGGCAUAGUCCGCCACUGUCCCGUGAAGCUGCUGUAGGUUUAUUAAAUAGAAUAUUAAUUCCGAAAGAUAAUGGAAAAUAUGAACUAUCAUUAGAUCAAAGAUUGAAGAACUUUAUUAAUCCACUGCAUGGUUUUACUUAUUCAGUCCAAUGUUCAAAGCGAUUUCCUGUGCUGUGUCCAAUAUUAAUAGUUGUUGCAGCAGAUAAUGAAUUUCAAAGAACAUUUAUGAAACCGAUAGCUGAAGCUUUUCAAAAUGAAGCCAAUAUUACAAUAAAAUAUGUCAAAGGCCACCAUGAUGUGCAUAAUCAAAAUCCUGAAUUAGUAGCGCCUCAUGUGGUUGAAUUCUUGAUAAAACAGAAACAUAAAUUGUAGCAUAGAAAACAAACAUUCGGUACUCGAUGUAUUUUAGUGUGGGGUGUGGAUUUACAUUGGUCCUACAUUUUUAUAUAAUUUUAUUGGUAUGUAUUUUAUAUCACUUCAAAGUAUUGUUAUUUUAAGUAUUUUUUGGGGUAUUUUACAUUUAUUCUAAUUGCACAUAUAUAUUUUUAUAAUUGUUAUUCAAUAAAGAAAAACUCAUGAC